GGCGAAAGGGCCUGGCUAAUUGCCCAUUAAUUUCGUGAAAAGUCACACACUCUAUCGCGCGUCUGCUGCGUCUCCUGCAUCUCCCAAAAAAAAAGUUUCUUAGGCUUUCCUUUCCAAGUACCUACCUACUCCGUACUCCUACCCUACCUUACCUUACCAUACCCUAACCUACCCUGCCCUAGCCCUAAACCCGCUCGCGCUAGCGUAUACCAAUCCAAGCGCGACGGCCUUCCGACUUUCCACCUCCUGAACCCAACAUAAACCUCUUUUCUCUCCACAACACAACGCCUGAUCGGGACCACUAAAGCUCCCUGUCCAACCCAACCUAACCCACCUAACCCACCUCAUCCACCCCCCUUCGUUGCUCGACCUUGGUGCACUGCAUCUACCCCCCACUCGGCCCCCAAACAUGAAGGUCAAACAAUCCAAGGCCACUUUGGUCGCCAAACCCAUGGUGACGGCGAAUACUCUCAAUGGGCCCCCUUUUCCUGAUGAUUCUGAAGAAUCCGAGGUCAAUAGUGACGCCCUGAUCAACACCGAUCUUCCACGUGUCAAUGGAGUCAAUCAAGUCAAUGGCUUUGAGGCCGACGGCGGGAUUGCGAUUGAAUCUUCCGACGAUGAGGAUGAUGAAUCUGACAAUCUGUCAUUAUUUGAAGACACUCUGGCUGAGAUGGAUGACCAACAGCUCUUUAAUCACGAUGGUGAGUGAACUAUGAAACCUUUCAAGGUUGCAUACACCAAGCGCUAAUCACGCAAUCAUUAGGCUCCCAAACUUGCACCUACGAAGAGGCAAUUGCUUUUCGUCAACAACUUCGAUCAAUAGGCCCUGAAGAAUUCGUCAAGCUCAAUAUAGAUGGUGGUCUCAUCACUGCCAAAAAGCUUCUCACGGCUUUCAACAUUCAACCUCCAGGCUUCCUCGAGGGCAUGGAUGAUUGCGCUUAUUACCGUCUUUUGGGUUUGGCCAUCAGUCGGGAGUUAUCCAAGCGGAUCAAGCUUCCUCAGUUCAACACGAUCGAUGAUGCAGUCGAUUUAAUUCUCAAGUCUCACAAUAUCGUCGUGCUGACCGGUGCUGGUAUCUCAACCUCGCUUGGCAUACCUGAUUUCAGAUCCAAGGACACUGGUCUUUACUCCAAGCUGCGACAUCUUGGUCUGAAUGAUCCGCAAGAGGUUUUUGACAUUCACAUUUUUAGAGAAGAUCCCACUUACUUUUACACGGUCGCUCGCGAUAUCAUUCCCUCAGGUGAUCGGUUCACUCCGACUCACGCUUUCAUUGCUCUCCUGCAACAAAAAGGAAAAUUGCUGACCAACUAUUCUCAAAACAUCGAUAAUAUCGAAGCCAUGGCUGGCAUCCUCCCGGAAAAAUUAGUCCAAUGUCACGGCUCAUUCGCUACUGCUUCCUGUAUCGAAUGCAAGUACCAAGUCCCCGGUGAAGCCGUCUUUCCAGACAUCAGAGCAGGUCGAAUCCCCCGAUGCGAUAAAUGCAUCGAAGGACUCCGUCGACUCAAAGCCCCCAAUGCCAUGAAGCGCAAACGCUCCGCCAACGGCGAAAAGAAGAAGCGUCGUUUCGACAAUGACUCCGAUUCUGAGCCAGAGGAAGAUUACGAUAUCCCCGCCGCUGGAGUCAUGAAGCCAGAUAUCACCUUCUUCGGCGAACCACUACCCGAUAAGUUCUCGGAUCGACUCACCGGUCACGACGUCGAUAAAGUUGAUUUAGUCAUCGUUAUCGGAACCUCACUCAAAGUCGCUCCUGUCUCUGAAGUCAUUCCUUACUUGCCGGCUAGCAUCCCGCAAAUGUACAUCUCCCGCGAACCAGUUUCCCAUGUUAAUUUUGACGUCGAUAUGCUGGGGGAUUGUGAUGUGGUUGUCGCCGAGUUGUGUAGACGUAUGGACUGGGAGUUGAAGCACGAGAUGAUCCCCGAGAACCAGGUCGUGGACAUCCGAUUGCAGGAUGGAUUUACGAGUCGUCAUGUUUUUACAGAGAAGAGGAGCUAGAUUUUUCUUACGAUGUGUUGCGACAUUAUGUUUUCCUUGCUCGGAGAGGAACAGAGGAAUUUCCUGCAGGUGUUCCUUUGCUCAUGUCUUUCUUCCCAUCCUCAACCUGGAUCCCUUGAGCUUUCUUCCGUUGCCAGUUUUCUUCCGUCGAUAAACCUCCAUGUAUGGAUUGCCUUUGUUUCUUCGAGACGAGUUUUCCCUUCCAUCCGCAUGAGAAGUCCUACGUUUUUUUCUGUCAUACUUUCAGUCCGCAGAGUUUUCAGUAACCGUUUGUUUGUUUGUUCUUGUCACGAAACGCGGGGCAUCGGCGUUCCGGAACACACGAAAUCAAAUCCUUUCCUCAAUCAAUACUGGAGGUGGAGGAAUGGGUGGAUGUAUUUAUUUAUUUAUUUGUGUUUGCUUAGAUUUCCUCUCUCUCUCUCUCCCUACUUUUCCUCUCCCGUUUUUCUUCUUCUGUUCUUGCGUACAGUGCAGUCGUUGCAAUUGGCGAGUUACCUUGGGCGUUAGAUGAAGAGUUUCCAGUACCUACUUAGCUAGCUUGCAGACCCGUUCAACGGUUUUAUGGAAAGUAAUAAGACAG